AUGGAGCACCCUGAAGACGCGGAGGAGGUGGAAACCAUGAGCAGCAUCGCCAUUCGUUGGAAUGUCACCAUGCCCAUGACUCGGGACAUCCUCACGGGCCAAGCCGAGCCCCUCCCGGCCGAGGAGAGCACUCCAUUUGACUACUUCACAGCCGUGGACCCGCGCCUCUUGGACCCCGAUGAGAGAGAGGAGCUGUUCAAGGUGACGGGCAUUGAGGAGGUGGCCACCCCGAAGAAGAAGAAGGGCAAGGUCGACAUGUCGAACCACUUCACCGAGCUUGAAGUGUUUGAUGCCAACCGGCCUAGGAUCACAGAAUCCUUUCUGAAGAUCCGCAAAGACGAGUAG